GCGCUGCAUUGUGCUCGUCGUCGACGUCAACGGCGAGCAGGGCACAGGGGUCGCCCUCGCCGUACAGCCCCCGCGCAAUCAGCCAUCUGAUAUCGAGGAUUAUCACCCCAGUACCUGCGAGUCCUUCAGCUGCUGCUGUUUGUAUCUGCCUCGUGUUCCCCCGCCUCGUGGAUCUAACCACAAGUCCUUUUUCAAACUGAAUGACUCUUCACUGACUUUCAUCCUCUCCAUAUAUCUCCUAAUCUUCCGCUCACGUUCUCCCCUUCACUCUCAUCCAUUCCGCUUCCGCAGGCCGCGAUCAUGCUUCUAUCGCCAGCGGCUUCAAACGCGAGUCUGCCAUCCUCUCAGGGCUUCUGGGGCAGGUUCAAGACUCCCAAAAGCAACAAGGAUGUCGAGCUUGCUCCUAACAGGCAGAACCCAAUGGCUCUCGCAAGGCAGCGUCUGCUGACCCUCGCGUUUGGGGAUAUGGAAACAAUCCGAAUGCUGCCGAAUACAUUUGUUGAGCUCGACGCCGUCGCAAGAGAUUGGAUCAAACCCCCACCAGAUGUCAUGUUCAGUCUGCGCGUACCGGUUGAGUAUGCCUCUCUCCAUGCAGCCCGACUAGUAGCAGGGCCAUACAUAUAUUUGACGUCCGAGGACUCAUAUCAGAUUGCUAUCAUGGGUGUGCAAGGCCUAAGGGUAGAGAUCGUCAGUGAUGGACCUCCGCCACCUGAGGAUGAACCUCCCCCGCCUCCUCCCCCGCCCGUGCUUGAAAUGCCAGCGACAUUUGCUUUGGAACUGAGUCCUGGGCAACAAGUCGCCUUGGACACAAUGGUGUCGUCAGACGAACUCGACAUGGCACGCAUGGACGACGGGACGACAGUCGACGGCUCCUUCUGGGGCAAGCUCGACAUCGUGCACGACGGAGACGUUCACAAGAUGGAGUUUACCGGAACGCGUCUCGUCAACAGCCCAGAGGUCACCCAGGACUUGGUAGUCGACUCCCGAGUUCUCACCAAGCUUGCAGUUGCAGCAAAGCCUGCUACGGCAAAGUGCCAUCUCCAUAUCUAUGCUCCGACCCAGCAGUAUUGCGACUUGGUCUUGUCCUUCUCCCCACUCUGGAAACUGGGAAUCACUUGGCCACCUUCCGAGCCGGUCGCCGAGAACAAGGUCAAAUACUUCAUGCGCGUGCACCCGGGAGGUGCUAUAGAGCACUUCGAGAGUGAGGUGACCGCAACAGCGAUCUAUUACGAGGCGAUACCUGAACCUGGGAUGGUAGAUCCGAACGAGUUCAUUGCACCGCGAAACGGCUUUGCUAUGUCCUUCAGAGACUUCAUUCCUCAUCUCAUGCGCGUCCUUGACUCGCUUGGAAUGUCACUCCAAGCCCGGACUAACUUCGUCAAUCACAACAUGUCUGCGUUUGCAGCACAUCGCAACAUCGCCUAUCGCUUUAUGUCACCAAGCAAGAUCGCUGCAGCCAUUGACAUCUCCGUCACGGCAGAGAACUGCUUAUUCACUCGUCUCUUCCUGAUGUUCCGCGGAGUCUCCGACGACGAUCUAGGUCUCUUCGCUGGCGCAGGCGAAAAAGAGGCUAAUCAGGUCAACUGGCGCGAGAUUAUCGGCUGGUCCGAGCUAUCCAAGGAUACGAGCCAGUUCCGAGUACUGGAGACAUCGGUGCUUGAGGUGACAUAGGAUGCAGUCCCUCGAUAUUCCAUUGGUUCUGUGCAUUGUCUAUUCCUCUUCGCGUGCGAGUCUCAUCGCUUAGGUCAUAUUCUGCCCUCCCUCUGUCCCCUCGUAUCCGGUUCAGUCACCAUUCUGUAACCUUAUCAUUCACAUGUAAUGCAUCCCACUGUACUGCUCGCCCUGUACUGGUCGUAUGCUCACACCUGCUGCGUCCUCAGGAGUUCUUUAUAGCCCGUGCUCACGGACAGAUCAUCUGCUCUUCCUCCCUGCUGUCUUGCUAUCGUAGUAGUGACGAUGAUCAUGCCACGCCAUCAUGUAGCCAUUCUUCCGCUGUUACUGUGUAUAUACUCCAGAUCUGAUCUCC